AUGAAGAACAAUCUCUUUGGAGGAAUACCAUUCAAUUGUGGUGAAAGAUAUAGGUUGAUCAAAUUAGUUGGUACAGGUGCCUAUGGUUCAGUAGUUCUGGGUUUUGAUCAAUAAAACUAGAAUAUGAAAGUUUAAUCAUACUCCUAUAUGCAUAGGUGGCUAUUAAGAAACUAAAUUAAAUAGAAGAUGUCAUUGAUGCAAAAAGAAUAAUAAGAGAAAUCAAAAUAUAAAGAUCUAUGAAUCAUUAAAAUAUACUCAAAAUAUAUGACAUUAUUUAUGACAAAAAGACUGAUUAAUUUGGAGAUAUCUAUAUAGUAAGUCCUUACUUUCCAGUUGACCUAGAUAAAAUUAUUAAAAGUAGUCAAGAAUUGACAGUAACAUAAGUUUAAUUUAUAAUGUAUCAACUAUGCAAAGGACUCUAUUAUUUGCAUUCAUCUGGUUCUAUACAUAGAGAUAUUAAACCAGGAAAUAUAUUGGCAAAUGAAAAAUGUGAAGUUUGUUAUUGUGAUUUUGGUUUUGCUAGAAAAUAUGAUGAACUUCAUGAUUAAUUUGAAGAGAAUAUGACUGAAUAUGUAGUCACUCGAUAUUAUAGAGCUCCUGAAAUAAUGUUAUCUAGUUAAUAAUAUUCAAAACCAGUAGAUAUAUGGUCUUUAGGAUGUACAUUUGCAGAACUUAUGAGUCGUAAAACUCUAUUUAAUGCUCCAAAUUAUAUUCAAAUGAUUAAAAUGUUCUUUAAUAUCUUAGGUAAACCAUCAGAUGAAGAACUAAAUCAAUUUGUUACUAAUGAAAAUGCUCAUUCAUUUCUAUAAACUUUACCACCUAAACCAAAACAACCAGCAUCAAAUAGUGUUCCAUAUCCUGAUCAUAAAGCUAGAGAUUUACUUGAUUAAAUGCUUGAAAUCAACCCUAAAAAUAGAAUUACAGCUUAAAAAGUAUGCAUUAUCUUACAUUAGUGUUUAGAGCACCCUUUUUUCGAAUCAAUUAGAAAAUAAGCAGAAGAAAUUACAUUUGCUGGUAAUUUAGAAUGCGAUUUUGAAAAUGAUGAUUCUAUUACUUUAAAUAAUUUGAAAUAAUUAAUUUUGAUUGAAAUCAACUAAAUUAAAGCAAAGAAUAAUGAAGUAUAAAUUGAUAUAGAAGAAGAAAUGAAAAGACUUAACCUUUAUUGA